AUAGGCCUACUAGAUCUACGAGUUACUUUAUCAUUGGUCCUUGUAUUUUCUGCCAAAAUGGCGGACUGGCUAAACUUAGCUCCUCCGCUUUUACUUUUAAUGGUGUAUUUAUGUGAAUGCAGCUUAGAAUUUGUAGAAGAAUGUACUCUCAAGGGGUUUACACCCAAUUUAAUGUGUUCAACAUGUGAACUGAUGGACAACUUUGAUCUUAGUGUUAUCAAGUCAGACUGUUUAAAUUGUUGUCAAAAAGAUCAAAUAGAACAAACAGGACCUACAAAAUACCCGUUCGCUGAACUAGUGGUAUGUGGAUGAAAAUUAGGAAGGUUCCCACAAGUACAGGCAUUUGUUAAAAGUGACCGUCCAAACCAGUUCCCUGGGCUAUCUAUUAAAUACACCCGUGGUGCUGACCCAGUUAUUAAACUGCUGGACGAGAACCGAAAUGUCGUGGAAACGUUGGGAAUCGACAAAUGGAACACUGACUCUGUUGAGGAGUUCUUCCAAGAACAUCUCCAGAAUUAAUGUUUUUUUGUUUUAGUGAUGACAUGUUUUUAUAUUGAUACUGGAAAUCAAUAACUUUUUUGUUUGUUUUACAUUACUUUUACACUUGAAAAUCUUGGAAAAGUUUACCUUUGUGAGAGACAAUGCACUGUUUUGUUUUUAUAGGAAUGAAAAAUUAGACCUUGCCUGUUGGGGGUUAUAAAAAAUAUUCAAUUACUUUUUAUUACUCAGUGUUAAUUACAUUUUAUUAAUACAAAUUAAUUACCAUUUACCUACCCAUGUUUCAGCCCUUUUAUUAACCUUAGAAUUAUAAUACAGAAAAAUCUUGUGGGUUCUGAAUUAUUUAAAGUCAGAAGCACAUCUUGUUCUAAUUUGCUUAUACUUUAAGGCCCUCAACUGGCGUGGAAUACCAAAGUUAUGUGUCUAUGAUGUUAAGACAAAAAACCAGAUGGUGUGUCUAAACUGAUUUUUUUUUUGCACAUACCUGAGGUGUUCAUUCAUGUAAUUACUUAACAUGACAUUGUGCAUCUUGAUAAGGUGACUGUACGAGGUAGCUUAUACUGAAAAUUUAUUUAUUUCAAAUAU